GCGCUUCUUCUUCUUCUUCUUCUUUUUAAAGUGUGGCUCUCAGCUGCCGAGGCGGAUGAUGAUGAUGGCGGAGCUGAUUCAGGGACAGGCCUCGGUGGCUCAGCCUGGAACGAAAGAUGAUUUUGCAGACAUGAUACGCCGGGUCCGACAGGUGGCCGCCAAAAUGGGAGGAGACCAGAUGCCCAACAUGAAUUCGUCUGCAGUCAUAGACCCCUCCCUCUAUGGCUUUGUUAGCCAAAACCGUUCUCUUGACAAUGGAGUUGGGAACCAUCUUGGUGCAAUGGUACAUCAAAGGGCUCUUACUACAGAAGACUUCAAAGUGCCUGAUAAGAUGGUGGGAUUUAUUAUUGGAAAAGGAGGAGAGCAGAUCUCUAGAAUUCAGCAGGAAUCCGGUUGUAAGAUCCAGAUCGCUUCAGACAGUGGAGGCAUGCUGGACAGACCCUGCACUCUGACUGGAAGCCCAGAAAACAUCGAGCAGGCCAAGAGACUGCUGAGCGAGAUCAUCGAACAGUGCCGCUACGGUCCCGGCUUCCACAACGACAUGGACGGAAACGGUUCCAUCCAACAGAUGCUCAUCCCUGCCAAUAAAGUUGGCCUGGUCAUCGGCAAAGGCGGAGAGACCAUCAAACAACUGCAGGAGAGGACAGGUGUGCAGAUGAUGAUGAUUCAGGACGACCCCAUGCCCACCGGAGCCGACAAACCCCUGAGAAUCACCGGGGAUCCUCUCAAAGUGCAGCAAGCCCGUGAACUUGUGGUGAAACUCAUCAGGGACAAAGACCAAGGAGACUUCCGGACUGGAAGGGCAGAAUUUGGAUCCAAAAUGGGUGGAACUAGUCUGGAUGUUGUAGUACCAAGAUUUGCAGUUGGCAUAAUCAUUGGCAGGAACGGAGAGAUGAUCAAAAAAAUUCAAAAUGAUGCUGGCGUCAGGAUCCAGUUCAAACAAGAUGAUGGAAUCAGCCCUGACCGUGUUGCUCAGGUGAUGGGCCAGCCUGAGCACUGCCACCAUGCUGUUCACCUCAUCAACGAACUGGUUCAGACAGCUCAAGAGCGAGACGGCUAUGGCGUGAUGGGCCGCAGAGGACGGGUCGACUGUAACACUGGAGGGGCUGGAGGACUUCAAGAAGUUACUUAUGCAGUUCCUGCUGAUAAGUGUGGCCUUGUUAUUGGAAAAGGUGGAGAAACCAUAAAGAACAUCAAAGAGCAGUCUCGUGCUCACGUGGAGCUGCAGAGAAACCCACCGCCCAGCACUGACCCCAAUGUGCGCAUCUUCUCCAUCAGGGGCACCCCGCAGCAGUUGGAGAAAGCCCGUCAACUGAUCGAUGAGAGAAUUGGGGGUCCAGGAAUUGGGGGUAACAGCAACUUCAGUAUGAAUCUUUACAACCAAGGACCAACCACCCCUCCCCAACAUGGGCCUCAGCCGUUCAUGACUGGAGGAUGGGGGACAACUUUUCAGAUCUGGCAACCUCAAGGCCAACAGGACCACAAUCACAAUGGAUCCCAGACGGGCCAGAUGGACUGGGAGCAGUAUUAUAAAAAGCUAGGUCAGCAAAACCAACCCCAGAACUCUGCUCCGGAAUACAACAAAGUCUGGGGCCAGACAGCUGGUCCUGCCACUCAGCAGACUUCUAAUCCCGACUACAACGCCUGGGUUGACUUCUACAGGCAGCCGAUGGCCUUCUUCAACCAGGGCUCUCAGCAGACACAAGCUCCUGGCCUCCAGGAUCACUAAAGAAGACGCUCGGGUGAAAGACUUGAAUCACUGCGAGGCUGAAAAAUACCCUUUUUUUUUUGGUUUUCUUUGUUUUCUAGCUGAGGGGUUCUAGAUUUACAACGCCUUGAAUACUUUCUUUUUCUUAGUGAGAAACACUAGCUGUAGAAUGACUUGUAUGAUAAAGUAAUAUUUCUAAAAUCAGGAACAUUUAUUUGUUACUAAAUGCUAAUGCACACUGUUAUUUUGGAUAGACAGUUAUAUGGGAUCCCUUUUUGGACUUGAGAGAGCUGUUUUAUUUUGUUUUUCUAUAUCUAUUUUUUUUCUGUCUUGACUCGGAUUGUAACUGCCAAAAUUAACCCAAGAGUUGUAACAUUUCAAAAGGCAAUAUGAUCUAUUUUUGUUUUCUAGUUAUGUCUAAAUGAAACAAUUUGUGCUUAGCAGUCUUGAAUACUUUACUCUUUUUGUCAUAAAAAUGUGUAAAGUGUUUUUGUUUUACAUGAUUCAGUGAAAUGAAACUGUGAUGUUUUGUUACAGGAAAUGUCUUUUUUUUUUCUUUUUUUUUCUUGUUACAAGGUUGAAAGAAAAAAAGGAUUAAUGUCAGCCAGUGGCAGUAGUUCUAAUUUAAUUCCUGUUGUGGUUUGUAUCCUGUUUUUCAAUGUCAUUUUAUUGUACUCUGGUUUAAAAAAAAGGUGCAAUAUCUUAUUUCACUUUUGAAACAAAGAUGGGUUUUCUGAUAUUUUGACAAACUUUUUAACUUGUAGUUUUAAGAUUUUUGUUUUCAAAUGGAAAUUAAAAAAUGAUAAUUUAUUACCGUAAUAGGAUUUAGGGGGAUGUUGCAGAUAGCUUUUGCCUUUACUACCUUGUAAAACUAUGUAUAUAUGCUCAUAUAUUUGACUGUUAAUUUAAGAUAUAUGUUUCAUAUAUAUAAAUAUAUAUAUAUAAAUAUAUCAGAAACACUUUUUGUUUUCCUGUGUUCACUGUUGCAGGAAAUAGUCCCUCUUUUUCUGUUUUCGUACUGAAAAUGUCAAAGAUUGUGAAUGUGUGAUUUUUGAAAUUCGAUGUUGCAUCUUGUUAUGAAGACAAAAACAAGAAAUAGAUUUUUUUUUUUUUUCCUGUGCGUGUGCAUACUUUGUACCUAAACUAUUCAAGACUGCUAAGCUUCUGCGAUUCGUACCUGUGUAAUAAUUUAAUAUUUUUAUGUUUUAAAUAUGAGAAAGAAAAUUAGUCUUAUUUGGUACCUCCCAGUUCACCAGCACCCCACUGAACCCCUCUCUGGACUCAGUGGGGCGUUUGACUCAGUCCAUUGCUUAUAACUUUUUAAUUAAUUUUUAUUUCUUUGUGUGAUCUAAUAUAAAUGAUGCAUUAUUGUGGAGAAUGAUUCUGAUAUUGUCAUUUCUUAAUGAAAAGGGAUAUAAUUUCAAAAAAUGUCUAAUUAUGGUGUUUUUUUUCCUCCUUUUGUGUGUACAGUUAACAAUGUAUUAAAAACAUCCAGACUACCUUUAUGUGUACUGUUUAAACUGAUUUUCAGUGGAUGAAUAUUCUAUACAUAUGGAUGUCUUAUGUUGUAUUCUGCUACUUAAGUGUUCAAACGGAGAGCUCUACUGUGUGUACUAACAGAUGAAACUGAGGAUAUAUAGGCCAAAUGUAUGUUUUCAUGUUUUAUAAGCAGAAAUUCUAUAUUUUCUAUAGUCUGCCAGUUCUCAAAUUCAAAUAAAUCUUCCGCAAGCCUC